AUGGCCUCGGUCGCGUCGCUUGGGUUGCACCAACCCGCUGGAAUCCAGUAUGCCAUUGAAGAAGGACUUCUCCCCCCCGAUGCACCCAGCUCCUCGUACACAUGGGAGGUUAGCAUCACCCAGGAAGAGGGCCGUGAGUACGAGGACGAGCUCCUCGUAACCGACAGCUGUGUGCUUUGGUCUCGCGGUGGCUUCUUCAGGAAGAGCUUCAGAUUCCAUCUCGAAAAGGAAUCCGUCACGCAAGCCCUUCUCGCCUACUUCCCCGCGUCCGCAGACAAUCCGAAAAGAGGUUCACAGACCGUUGGUCCCGCUGAUGAGACGUCCUCCGACACUCCGUCGACCCCUACGGCGCUCUCAAGGGCGCUUGUCGUCUUUCUCAAGACCCAGGCCCACAUCUACUUCCUCUCCGGAGCCAGCCAUGUCGUUCACAUGCCCUUCGAGGUUGAAUCGGCCUGUGCGGCCCCGCGCGGCGUUAUCAUUCAGCGCAAACCACGAGUGGAUAAUACUUCAGUCCCCCUCAGGUUGCCCAAGGUUCCGCCCAACUCGUUCAUCUCGUCCCAACCACCUCCCGUGUCCCGGCAGACUCAGAAUUGGAGUGUGACCGAGUUCUCGACCGAAGGAUUAGGCAACGUCAAAGUGCUUCCGCUGCGACUUAGUUUAACCUUGGAGAACAUGUGGCAGACGCCCAUGGAAACGAGUGACAGCCAUUGGCCGCGUUUGGUUUGUCUAACUGAUCCACUGUUGGAGCUCGGGCUAGUCGUGACGCACCCUGACAGACCGGCAGCUUCGAGAGGCGGACAAACCAUGGGCGUUUCCUUUCUUCCACCUUCUGAAGAGAUCCUUCAUAUCGAGGCUAUCAAAGUGCCUCAUCCUGACGAGGUAGAUUCGAGCAACGUGUGUAUUGCGGUCACGGUCAACCGGGAAACCAGCAUGUACACAAUCUGGCGCCUCGCCUAUCUUGAAAAUGAAGACCCUUUUCUGGGUCGACAGAAGAAGAGGAAGCCAAAACAAUCUCGGCGCCGGAGUUCCAUGGCGCCUGCGUUGGCUAGUGGAGCGGCUACUCCUGUCCAUCCAUCGAUGAGGGAGAGUUUCGGUGUCCCGCUUCCCGGAAAAAGGACUAGGAAGAGUGUCAAGGUCGAUGACAGGGACAAGACUCUCGACAACGCUUUGAGCUCCUUGGACCCUGAUAAAGGCAAUGAUGUGACGCGCAGACAGUCGCGGCGAGUGAGCUCCUUACUAGCAAGAGCCGAUCUUUCUGCAUCCCAGGACAGAUCUGCCUUUGCCGAACAAUCGAUGCAUGCCGGUCAUGGAGGUAGACGCCCAGAGUCUAACGGCAGUCAGCGGCCCCGAUUGAGUAGCGGCUACCGUCGGCCAAGCUCUGGCGGCACGUUCAACCCCAACCACAGCAUUAACAGCCUCCCUGAAGUCCCAGUCGAUGACCUCCUCGAAGAACUGCGAGCGGGCGGAGAUUUUGAGGGGUUCCACAACAUGGGCCUGGAUGAUCACGACUUUGACGGGCUCGUCCAUGAGAUGCUUUUCACGAAAAUCCACACCAUUAGCAUGGAAAACACAACAAUGCGAUACUCGCUCUCGGGCAAACCCGCCAGGACGCAGGCCAAGGUGUUCAUGGUUGCCGGCCCUCCAACAGCUACUGAUGAUCAAGGCCGGGCGCUUCUCCUGGUUGCCAUUCAAGACCCAGUCGACAAGAGGCUCCAGCUCUUGACUCUCCACCUCGUGCCCCGCGAGAAUCGCACGCGACACAAAGGUGGUGUCGGGAAUCAGGGAGACUGCGGAGGUUUUGACAUAAUACCGGGAGAUCCUCGAAGGGUCCAGAGUGUUGUAGACUCUUGCAAGGUCUCUGAUGGGCACGAAACCAUCAUGAUCCUGUCUGAGGAUAGACGAGGAGGCAGAGAAUUUAGCUUGCAGUCGCCGUGGGGCAAAGUCACAACCAUCGCACUGCCCUCGCUAUAUUUGGCCGAUCCCAGCACCCUCGAGGGAUACUGGAACGGCAACGCGGGCGAGCGGACCGCGGGACAACAGAUCCCGAAGGUUGAUGUUACAGCAACCCAUAUUGAUGCCAUGCUCCAUUCCACUUCGGGCGGUAUCGUUGACUUACGGGACAAGCAGGGCAGAUAUCAUCGCAUCCGCAUUAAACUGCAGCCGUCUUCUCCUUUUGUACGCAAGACUCUAGAUAUUUGUCGGAGCGUCCUUCCCGCCUCGUACGCGGACAAGUUGUUAGCAGGCUGGUGGCAUGUCAUGCAGUGGCUUCAUAGCGCGAAGCUUGGCGGCUCUGAGAAUCAUACAAAUGACAUGGAGUGGUCGGCAGCCGUUAUCCUACUGCUAGCUAGCUUCCUGGCUCUCGGGCAUAACAGCGAGACUUCCCUACGGACAUUCGACAAUAGCAUGUCAAAACUUUCGGGGAGCAAAUGGGAGGCGAUGCAGUUUCGUGAGACGCCAAAUUCGUCUGCCUGUCCACCUUGGAUGCUUGACAGGGCAUGGCAGUGGCUGCUUGACAGCGAAGAGCUGGACGCGCCAAACAGCGCCGAUGACGAAACCCGGCCCUCACAUGACUUUAUUCCCUUCCAUGUGGGACUUGCGAAGAGAUGGGUGGCCUCUGCUUUCGGAUUAUCAGCAUUCGGGUUUGAAGGCUACCUUCCAACUGCCUUGAACAGGAUUGGCAGUGGCCGUGAAACGGCCGCUUGGAGUAUCGCGCUCGCGCUUCAUCUCCUUGUGGAGGAGCAGAAGCUCAACAUUCUUUCUUCUGAGGACAUAUCGCCCAGUCAAACCGAUUUGAAGGCCGUCCUUUCCCAAGUCUCCCGGUGGCUCGGAUGGCAACGAUACGAGGCCCUGUAUGCACUGGGCGGGCAGGCAGACAUUCCUGUCACACAUGAUCUGGCCCCAUUCGUCACCACUGGCAUAGCUGAGCCUCCGUCAGAUUACUGCAUUCUAACUUGGAUUCAGGGGCACUUGACAGCUCGCCCUGGCGCUGGGUUCCCGACGCUGCCGGAUCUAUACACAACCGCGACCGGCGACAGCCAUGCCGGGAACCUACGGAACCAGUUGUGGGCCAGCCUCACGCCGCGUACCAUGAUGUUUCGGAGAUUCUUUGAACUACUUGGUUCAUGCGCCCACCGUUUCGAGGCGGUGACGGCUAUGCAUGAAUGUCGUUUUACGCCACAGAUCCUAGAGACGUUGCCAGAGGCAGUUCUCACACCUUUGCAAGAUCUUAUUUCCAUUUGCAAGUCGAAUCCUCCGCCAGCAUGGCCAAAUGAGUUGCUUGCGCUGGUGGGGCGCAACGACAUGAGUGCUGUUCUGAGAGCAGGCAAGACUUGGAGAGCGCGUGUGUCUGGCAUUGAUACUCCUUCCCAUGUUGCAAAGUGGGAUUUCCGUAUGCUGUGCCAGCACCUAGACGACUUCAAUGACAAUGCCGAAGAGACGGAUACGACGCAGCGCCAGGCCGUCGUCCGUUCGCUCUUCAAAGAGGACAGGAGACUGAACGAAGCGCAAAGCAUGCUGUCGACCCUUAAGAACCGUGUUGUUCGUCUGGAUCCGAAACCGGAGUGGACCGAGGCUGAAUAUCUGGAGCGGCAGAAAGAGUUGGUCGCAACCAUGGCAACCAGCACCCUGGCGAUCCCAGCCGGACGGGGUCUCUUGUACUUUGCUCUUCGGUAUCCGUUGCUCACCCAGAAGUACCAGAUCGGCGGGUUUAACCUUUCAUGCAUCGUCAAGCCCGCCAAUAACACCGUGGGCGUCGACAAGAGCAUGUUUAUUGAAGAAAAGAUCAACUGGGCGUUCUUCCACCAGGGCGUUGCCGGCGGGCUCGCGAUAUCGCCGCAGGCCAAGGGCAUCGACACCUCUUGGAUUCUCUACAAUAAGCCCGGCCAAGACCUCAGCAAUAGGCAUGCUGGCUUCUUACUGGCCCUCGGCUUGAACGGUCAUCUCAAAUCGGUUGCAAAAUGGGUAGCGUUCAAAUACCUCACUCCCAAGCACACUAUGACCUCUAUCGGUCUCCUGCUCGGCCUGGCCGCUUCCUACCUUGGCACCAUGGACUCCCUCAUUACCCGGCUGCUGUCGGUCCAUGUCACUCGCAUGCUCCCUCGUGGCGCGGCAGAACUCAAUCUCUCCAGACACACCCAGACCACCGGUAUCAUGGGCAUUGGGCUGCUCUACUGCAACAGCCAACACCGACGCAUGAGCGAGAUUAUGAUGUCGGAGAUUGAGCAUGUCGAAGAUGGAGGAGAAGAAGAUCCCCUCCGGGACGAGAGCUACCGACUAGCUGCUGGCUUUGCGCUCGGUUUUAUCAACCUCGGGAAGGGAAAUGACCUCAAAGGCUUGCGAGACAUGAGGCUUACUGAGAAGCUACUCACCAUCGCCACGUCCACUAAGAAAGUCGAACUGGUCCAUGUCCUCGACCGGUCAGCCGCCGGCGCCGUGAUAGCCAUUGCGCUCAUCUACAUGAAGUCAGAGGACCACGUUGUGGCGCGCAAGAUCAACGUUCCCGACACAAUCACGCAGUUCGACUAUGUUCGGCCCGAUGUUCUGCUCUUACGAACGGUGGCAAAGAACAUGAUUCUCUGGAAAGAGGUAGAUCCCACGUUUGAAUGGAUCAAGAGCGGCCUGCCUCUAGAGUACCGAUCGCGGUUCAAGCUCGAUAACAUAACCAAGCUGUACAGCCGAGACAUGCCCUUCUUCUCAAUUCUCGCUGGCCUGUGCUUUGCCCUGGGCCUGCGUUUUGCUGGGUCUGCAAACGGGAGGGUUCGAGACCUGCUCGUCCACUACCUCGAUGAGUUCAGACGCAUUGUCCAGAUCCCCGCUAGCGAUUUCGAUAGCGAGUUGACGCGCAGCAAUGCACGCAUGUGCAUGGACCUGGUGGCAUUGUCGUGUGCAGCAGUAAUGGCCGGAACAGGGGACCUCGUUGUCCUCCGCCGUCUUCGAGCGUUGCAUGGCCGGGACGACGCCAGCACGACCUACGGAAGCCACCUCGCUGCACAUCUCGCCAUUGGCGCGCUGUUCCUCGGUUGUGGAACUUGCACGUUCGGCACGAGCGAUAUCGCCGUCGCAGCUCUGCUCCUAUCCUUUUACCCCAUCUUUCCUGCGAGCGUGCAAGAUAACCGCUCCCACCUCCAAGCCUUCCGGCACUUUUGGGUUCUCGCCACCGAACCCCGCUGCCUCGUAGCAAAGGACUUUGUCACUGGCCAGCCCCUCAGCGUGCCCAUUUUGAUCCAUCUCGUCCCCGGAUCCCCCUCGGCGGCAGCAGCAACUGCUGCUGGCACCUCUCAACCACCCCAACCCCAAGGCCCAAUCGCCCUCCGCCGUCAGACGCCUUGCUUACUUCCCCCGCUGAAUGACGUUCUCCGCGUCGAAACCGACGCCCGCGCACUAGGCUACUGGGAUCUAACCCUGGGCUUUGCCAACUCUCCGCAGCUAGUGCAGGAUUUCCGCAAGGACCAGACCAUGUACCUUAAGCGCAGACCCGCGCAUGAGAGUACCUUCCCAGCGACGUUACGCGCGCUGGGCGGCGACGCCGUUUCCUCGUCGGCCUUGCCCAUCAUCAGCAUGCCGAUUGAUGCUACUCUCACAAUGACAAACAGCACACGGCGUACGGCCGAGCCCUUUGAGUGGGUGUUUGAUCUGGCAGCACUCAAGGACCUGACCCGGGCCGAGCGCGCCAUCGUGCUGGACCGCUUGGGAACCGACGGCGCGGUCGGUGAGGGCGAGGCAGCCAGCACGGCCGUGGAUGCCCGCCUGGUUCUGCGCUGCGGAUUGGACGCGUACAGAUGCUCGAGGGAGAGGCUGCUAGGGUUGAGGCUUCUCUUUGAGUGGGCCGAGAGAAGAAGCGUGUUCCUCCUCCCCGCCGGGGAUAAGGAUAAUAAUGGGAAAUCUCAGGAGCAGGAGCACCAGCAGGAGGAUAUGGGCGCCGGUGAGGACUCUAAGCCCGGUAGAUCUAGGAAAGAGAGAGGGAAAGGAAAGAAGCUGGACCAACAGAAGGGCAAGAAGAAGGUCUCGGUUGGAACCACAGUGUAUGCCGAACCUGCUGGUGACGGUGAUGGUGGUGAUGCAUCUCUCGAGAAGAAGAUCGCGUCUGCAGGCACCGGCGAGUUGGAGGCGUCCUGGUGGUUGCGGGAUAGCGCAAUUGAGGAGUUGAAGGGCCGGACGUGGCUCGCUGGUCGAGAAGGUUGA